GUUAUUUGAUCUGACAUACCUCGAGUCUUUCACUCUCCUUCUUCUCUCUCUCUCUCUCUCUCUCUCUCUCUCUCUCUCUCGCUCGCUUUCUCUGUCUUACUUCCGUCCAUCUUACUCUUGGCGUAAUCUUAGGUAUGUUCCACUUUCUGUUAUUAUUGGUUCUCUCAGCCACUUGGUUCCUCUUUUUCCCUUUAACCCCCCCCCCCUUCUGGCUCUCUCUGGCCCUCUCAAACCCGCCCGGCCGGCUUCCACUCAAUUCACUCACCACUCUUUCGCUCACUCAUCUGAAGCCGUCUUCCCGAACUCUCCGUUCUUUCUUCCUUCUUCCAAGCUUUCUCUCCGCUGACCAUCAUUGCUUCGCAUCUCUUGGUUCUCUAGAUCCCGUUCUUGUCACCAUGUCUCAACAAGGAUACUACAACGGUCCUCCUCCGCCGCAGCAGGCUUACGGCCAAUAUCCCCCGCAAGGUUACCAGCAGGGUUACCCUCCUCAGGGCGGAUACCCCCCUGGCCCUCCUCCCCAGGGCUAUGCUCCUCAACCCAUGCAGUACCAGCAGCAACCCCCUCCCCAGCAGAAGGACCGCGGCUGUCUAGGAACUUGCUUGGCUACUCUGUGCUGUCUGUGUCUGUGCGAAGAGACCUGCGAGUGCUGCUUUGACUGCAUCGAGUGCUGUGAAAUGUGCUAGACGCCAUGAUCGAUCCAUGACCCCCUCCACCUCCUUGUUAAACGAAA